AUGUCAUCACAGUGCCUAGAAACUCGAACUGUAAUAUACCGUAGCAUUUUCUUGGUGUUUUUUAAAGUUUCCUUCCAUAACACCAGACUCCCUCUGCCUCUUGUUUCUUGGAGAGUUUGCCCUACUGAUGAGUCUGCCUUCCUUGUUGGACUCAGUCACUUGGGGAACAGUCUUAGAAGCACAUAUCAACCAAGGAAGAAACUUCCUGGAUAUCUCUUGCCCACUUGCCCAGGUAUAAUAAACACUAAAGGGGGAAAAAUUGAAAAGAGCUGCCACUGGUCAACACAGAAGGGCAGUUCCAGCUUAGGUUGGUGUCUUUCUUUUUCUUCCUUUUUUUUAAAAAAAAAAUCUAUUUCUUAA